AGCAAGGCCAGGCAUGAACAGAACAGCCCCGGGGCAGAAGUGAGGAGGAAGGAAGGGGAAGGGGGAAGAAUAGAGGUAAGGGGUGCUGGGGGUGGAGCAGGAGGCAGUGGGAGGAAGCUGAGCAGCUGUGGUAUUUGGAGCAAGUAUAAAUAGCCGCGUGGACAGAGCCUGGUCAAACAGGGGUUUUGCAGCUGCAGCUGCUCAGCUUGGGCAAGCCUGUCCCCUCAACCGCCUGUGCCCUCAGGGCCACGGAGGGCACUUCCUGGGCACGAGCCAUCAGCAGGCAGGAGAGGCCCCUGGGGGCUCCGGCCGGACACCCCUUGCUGUCCCGCACCUGCAGAUGCUGUCCUGGAGAGCCGUGCAGCUGGGUGGCCUCCUCCUCAUCAUGGCCACCCUGACCACAGCCCAGCGGAGGGGGCAGGAGGCGGGCGGGCGGCGCCGGGCACACCGGGUCCAGCACGGUCAGUGCAGCUACACCUUUGUGCUGCCCGAGCCGGAGCCCUGCCCACCAGAGCCUGAGGCCUUCAGGGGCUCCAACAGCCUCCAGCGGGACUCCCCAGCUGCCGUGCUGAAUUUAGGGGACUGGCCGAACCAGCGGGUGCGACAGCUGGAAAAGGUGCUGGAGAACAACACGCAGUGGCUGCAGAAGCUAGAAAGAUACAUCCAGAUGCACUUGAAGUCGGAGCUGACGCAGGCGCAGCAGCACAUGGUCCAGAACCAGACGGCCACCAUGCUGGAGCUGGGCACCAGCCUCCUGAACCAGACCACAGCCCAGACCCGAAAGCUGACUGACGUGGAGGCUCAGGUCCUAAACCAGACCUCAAGGAUGGAGAUCCAGCUGCUGGAGACCUCACUGUCCACCAACAAGCUGGAGAAGCAGCUGCUCCUGCAGGGCCAUGAGCUGCACCAGCUGCAGGGUCGCAACAGCGCGCUGGAGACACGGGUGCUCGCCCUGGAGACGCAGCAGCAGGCGGAGCUGACCAGCCUCCGCGGCGAGAAGGAGCAGCUGCGGCGCCUCCUGGGCCGCCAGAACGGCGCCCUCGCCGGCCUCGAGCGCAGCCUGCGCGCGGCCAGCAGCAACUCCAGUCUCCUGCAGCGCCAGCAGCGCGAGCUGCUGGAAUCGGUGCAGCGCCUGGUGCGCGUCGUGGCCCAGGGCCCUGCCUCCGUGAGGACAGCUGACCGGGUGUUCCAGGACUGCGCAGAAAUCCAGCGCAUGGGGGCCAAUGCCAGUGGUGUCUACAUCAUCCAUGUGGCCAAUAUGACCGAACCCAGGAAGGUUUUCUGCGACAUGGAAGCCAGUGGAGGUGGGUGGACCCUCAUUCAGCGCCGAGAGAAUGGCAGCGUGAAUUUCCAGCGGAACUGGAAGGAUUACAAGCAGGGCUUCGGCGACCCGGCUGGGGAGCACUGGCUGGGCAAUGAGGCCGUGCACCAGCUCACCAGCAGGGCAGCCUACUCUCUGCGCGUGGAGCUGCAGGACUGGGAAGGCAAUGAGGCCUACGCCCAGUAUGAGCACUUCCAGCUGGGCAGCGAGGGGCAAUUAUACAGGCUUUCUCUGAGCGGAUACAGCGGCUCCGCGGGACGCCAGAGCAGCCUGGUCCUGCAGGGCACCAACUUCAGCACCCGUGACGCGGACAAUGACAACUGCCUGUGCAAGUGUGCCCAGAUGCUGUCUGGAGGGUGGUGGUUUGACGCCUGCGGCCUCUCAAACCUCAACGGCAUCUACUACCCGGCCCAGCACCAUGCGCGCAAGCUCAACGGCAUCCGCUGGCACUACUUCCAGGGCCCCAGCUACUCACUGCGUGCCACCCGCAUGCUGGUGCGGCCCGUGGGCGUCUGAGCAGCGGCUGCGGAGGCCGGGCCUGCAGGGGAGCCGAGACAGCCUGGACCUGCACGCUGGACACGGUGCAGGGCUCCCGGCCAGCCCUCCCAGCCCAGGAGCCCAGGAGAGUUGGCUGCUCCCCUAGUCCCCUCAAGUAGUGACGUAGAGGGUAUCUGGGGGUUCCUGCCUCUGCGGGGUUCCUCUUCUGUCCAGUCUCCUGCAGGGAGUGCCUGCCAGCUUGAGGGCUGCAAUAUCCUGAGUGCGCUGAGAACAGACUUGUCUUGGCUCCUCGGAGGGAUUCGUGACCGGCAGUAGAGUAGCUAGCAGGUGGCAAGGUAUUUCCAAGCUGGCAACUGUUCAGAUACUGACCCAGAUUCUGGAACGGGGUGAGAGAGAGGGUUGUCUCCUGCUCCAAGUUUUCUCAACCUUGGUGUUCUUGAACAUCCUGUUCAAGUCUGAAGAGGCUGCAUCCACCCCACCAAGGGAAUGAUUAUUUCCAUUGCAUACUGCCCACCCCUGUAGGAGUGCCAUGUCUGGACCUCAGACCUGGAAGCUUGCAGGGUUCCAGAUACCUGAAAGGAUUCCUUCACCCCCAGCAGGCCCCAGGACUCCCCUUGAAAAGUACCUCUGGCCAAGUGAGAGAGGGGAAGAGCAGGUUAAAUCCAUAAGAGCAGGCACCUGGCUGCGGGACUUGUGCUCAGCUGCCUGGCGGCUGCCCAUGAAGGGGCUGCAGCGGUGCAGUCUCCAAAUGUACUUAUUUGAAAAUGGGUCUUGUUGGCCCCAGAGCAUCUGUGGGGGCUGUGGAUGCCCACGGAAAAUGCUGGUGCACAUAUCUCAUGAGGAGGUACCCCCAAGGCCCACCACCCCCCUGCCAGCUGCGCUCACAUUUUUUGACUACAAGGGACCCAGUUAUAGUCUCGACCUCUACAAACGACUGGAAGGAAACUUAGGUUGAAGCAGACACACAUGCCUGAAGAAGGGCCUAGGACUCAGUUUCCCCUCUGUGUGAGUGGCUGUGUCCUCCAAGGUUCCUUUGGUCCUACGAAGCCAAGUCUCUGCCUGGGGCUGCCCUGGGUGACCCCAGCUCACCCAACCUCAAGUUCAGGGGCUUUUGGGGACUGUGUGCUCUGCCUUGGGCAGGACAUCCAUCCUGGUGUGGGUCCUCUCUGCCUCCUGCCGAGAGGAAACCCAAUGGUGCCCUCGGCAUCAUCUAACAAUGGUGCUGCAGCAGGGGGCGCAGUCAGUGGGGCCGCGGAGGCAACUGGCCUGUCUGGCUCCAGAGGGCAGAGGCUUCUCGUGAGCCUCUUGCCGAGGACGGGUCAGUGGUGGACCUCGGCCACUGUCACCCGCCUCAGUCCUGAGACCACCGCAGCCGGGUCAUCAUCAGCCAGCUCGCAAGCCUGGACCCACCUGCCCUGCCGCACAGAUGAGCCCCGUCUUCAGGUCCGGCCCAUCUGAGGCCGGAAUGGUGGAAAUGGACCUCUCCCUCCCACUUGACUUUGCCACAGCCCCUGACCCCCAGCCAAGGCCCUGACAGAAGCGGGGAUUACUGCUGUCUCCAGGGAAGCAGAGGUGGUGGCUAAUGGUGGCCUCCCAGCAGGGGGCGUCACGUGGGCAGGUCGGGUCUGGAGGGCUCCCAGCACCCUGCACCGCACUGCUCAGGCCUUUCUAGCAGCAACCGUGCACCCUGUGGUGCCGGGGCAGGGUCGGGGUGGGGCAGACACGCUCCAUCUCGCACGCGAGGCCUCCGUUGUCCCGUCUGUGAAAUGGAGUGAUGACACCGCUCCUGGCUGCACGGAAGAGGGAAUGCGAGUGUGUAGGUAAACAGCACAGCCCGGCAGCAAGCAGGGGCCUCGCCCAGAGAGGUGAGUGCGUGGGGAAAUGCCCCAGGCUGCCACCCUUCCUCCUCCUGGGGAGGGAAGCGUCUUCCGUGGGCAUCCACCGCUUUGAUUUUGGCACCGCCCUGGUCCUCGCGGGAUCUACUGGGGACCCAGGACACAGGAACUAGCUUCUGGAAUAUCUGCACCUGCGGGUCCCCCAUGCAGAAUCUCUGUCCUCUUCCUGCCUCAGAUCAGCAUUCUCCCCAUUUCAGUGACAAAGAAAUUAGAACUCAGAGAAGUAGGGGCUUCACCCAAGGCAGCGUUGCCAAACGCCACCUCCACUGCGCGUGCAUUUAUGGGCCUCCCAGGCCCAGAGCUCUCGGUAGCAAGCGUGUGCUGAGGACCGACCUGCCUGGGCCGGGGGGUGGGGCAGAAACAAGACAGACCCCAGAGCCCUGUGCUCAAAGAGUCCAGCAGGCCACAGGGAGAGGCUGGCCAAAGCAAGUUUUUAAAACAAAUGUUGAGAAACUGAAUUGGCAUGUCAGUAUAUUACACAAGCGAAAACUUUGUAUUACAGGAAGUAGAGAUAAAGAUAACGGAGGGCCGGAGCUGGGCACAUAGAAAGCUCUCUGUGAUGUGAGCUCCCACGAUCUCGCUACUGGCGUCACAAAGAACAUCCCCCAGAAUGUCUGUGCAAGGCCCCGCAACAACCUGUGGAAUGGGGACUGUUGUCCUCUCCUGUCCACUUCCUAAAACAGAAGUGAAGCCACUUGGCAGAAGGGACUGGGGCGGGGGUAUGAAGGUGCAUUUGGAGUUGAAUCACCUGCUCCAGCCCAUGUGUACCUGGAUCUUCUAUUUCCUGUCACCAAGGUUAAAGGGAAAUAAAUACAUAGGUUGGCCCCGAGUUCCAGCUGGCCAGUGCUCGAGUCAGCCAUGGAGAUAAAGGCCCCCUGUCCCCGCAGGACCCUCCGGGGCAGGGCCGGAGCCUUCCUUCCUGUGUCUGACUUCCUGUCUCCCCUGCCCCGUGCAGAAGACUCAGUCACAGACCUGCCACCUCUGUUGUUUUGGAGAAGGACUGAGUUUCUGCCUAGUCAACUUCCUUGAGCUCCCCGCUGUGCCCCGGGGAGGGGAGGAGCUGGAACAGGCCACACUUUUUGGUUCCAGUCUGGGGAGAGAAGGGAAGGUUAUGGGAGCUCAGAAGUCCCCUGCUGGCUAAGACCCCUUCCCUCACCUUCGCCUGCCGUGCAAAGGGGCCACUAACUGGGUUGACACUGCCCGAGCCCCCACGUCAGAGCAGCUCCCACACACAGGGACACAACCUCACCCCAUGCUUCCGCCUCCUGACACUGGUCCCAGCUGCAGCUGGCCCAUUCAUCCCAGGACCCGCCCCCCGCCCCCCCGUAAGCCCAUCUCCUGGCCAUCGGCUGACUCAGGAGCAAACUGCAGCCAGCCAGCCAGCUCGUGACCCUGCCUGGCCGCAGCUAUGGGGCUGGCCACUGGCUGAUUAGCUCACUCAUGCUAGGGUAAACUAAGCGCUUGGGCAUACGGAAGGGUUUUCUCCUCAGCUAACAGAGGGUGGCCAAAACCACCAGGCAGCCACCCUUGGGACCACCCUGCCCAGUGGUGGACAGCCCAGAGGAGCCUGGGGCUGGAACGACACCCCUGAAGUGCCCAGUCGCCCCUCCCUGAUUAUCUGUAGUCAACAAGCCACUGGAGUCGGGGUUCUGGUGUGUGCCGCGUUGUGGGAGGCAAUGCCCGCUUCCCUGUUACCUCCUCGAACUCCACCUUGCCCGGGGAGGUCACACAAGCAGUUAGGGAGGGGGACAGGACUCGAAGGAAACACAGCUCCAGCCUCCUUCAUCUGAACAUGAUCCGCAAGAGCUGCUUGUCCGGACUUUUGCCCUUGAACGACCUCCGUCACAUGUGCAUCCCGUUCCACGACCCCAGCUCGACACAGGCCUCCCCACACGUGUGUAUGUACGUCAUGUGUGCGUGCCAGGCCCACGCAGGGACCCCGUGGGACACGCGUGCCCACGGAGGCUGUUUUCCACCCCUCUCCUUGCUUGCCUGCUGCUUCUGCUGUAUGAACGGUGUGGGGUGUUUAAUAUGAAAUUCUGUAUUUCCUUCCUUUUGCCUAACAUUCUGUGCCCCCAAAGAAGAUCAGAGCAAUAUUUCCUGUCAAGUUGGCUCAAACAGACUCUAAACAGGUGAGCGGGGCCGACUUAAACAGGGAUGCACUUGCCGUUCCAGCUUGAAUAAAAUCUGGAGGUCUGGCCUGGACUCAUCUUGCCAGACUUUGGGCUUCGUUUUAA